AUGAGGGUAGCAGCGGUGGCGGCCUACGUGCAGCAGCACGGCGGCGGGGACUUUACGAGCCCCGGGACUUGGCCGGCGCUCGGCCGGGCCUUCUUGGCCUGGUGUGUCCUGGCUACUGUGUCCGGUCGGCACCCGCCGAUGGCGGUGGAGGAUGUCCUCCAGGUGGCUGCGCUGCUGCUGCCCUCCAGUUCCAAUGGUUCGAAUUUCUACACGAAGGCUAUUGGUUGCAUCCUCCCUCUUAUGGAUGCUGAGUAUGCCAGUUUCUACACGAAGGGUGUGAUGGCAGUCUUAAUCAGAGAAUUCAAGUCCCCAGAUGAGGAGAUGAAGAAGAUUGUCCUGAAGGUUGUGAAGCAGUGUGCCAGCACAGAGGGUGUACAGGCUGAUUAUAUCCGGAGUCAGUGUGUCAUCAGCACACAGUGUUUAGAUCCUGAUUGUAUCCGUAGUCACACCGUCCUUUCAGCAUUCUUCAAAUACUUCUGGGUUAGGAGAAUGGCUCUAGAUCGUAGGACCUAUAAGCAACUUGUGGAAACAACAGUAGAGAUGGCAAACAAGGUAGGAGUUACUGAUAUCGUUGGGAAGAUUGUUGAGGACCUGAAAGAUGAAAGUGAGCCUUACAGGAGAAUGGUGAUGGAAACAAUUGAGAAGGUGCUGGCUAACUUGGGUGCCUUGGAUAUUGGUCCUCGCCUGGAGGAGCUGCUUAUUGAUGGCAUCCUGUAUGCUUUCCAGGAACAGACAAGUGAUGAUGCAAAUGUCAUGCUUAAUGGCUUUGGAGCUGUUGUGAAUGCGCUCGGCCAGAGGGUCAAGCCUUACCUUCCUCAGAUAUGUGGUACCAUCAAGUGGCGGUUGAACAACAAGAGUGCAAAAGUUAGGCAGCAAGCAGCUGAUCUGAUCUCAAGGAUAGCUAUUGUGAUGAAGCAGUGCCAGGAGGAGCGGCUUAUGGGUCACCUGGGUGUUGUGCUAUAUGAGUACUUGGGGGAGGAGUAUCCUGAGGUGCUGGGUUCAAUUCUUGGAGCGUUGAAGGCUAUCGUGAAUGUUAUUGGCAUGACCAAGAUGACGCCUCCAAUCAAGGAUCUUCUUCCUCGUCUGACCCCCAUCUUGAAAAAUAGGCAUGAAAAGGUCCAAGAGAACUGCAUUGAUCUAGUUGGUAGGAUAGCUGAUCGCGGAGCAGAAUUCGUACCAGCUCGGGAGUGGAUGAGGAUUUGUUUUGAGCUGCUGGAAAUGUUGAAGGCUCGCAAGAAGGGUAUCAGAAGAGCCACCGUGAACACAUUUGGUUACAUUGCCAAGGCAAUCGGGCCUCAGGAUGUGUUGGCCACUCUGUUGAAUAACCUGAAGGUGCAGGAGCGACAGAACCGUGUUUGCACGACUGUAGCAAUUGCUAUUGUUGCUGAAACAUGCUCGCCGUUCACAGUUUUGCCUGCCCUCAUGAAUGAGUACCGGGUUCCGGAGCUCAAUAUCCAGAAUGGUGUUUUGAAAUCUCUCUCUUUCCUCUUUGAGUAUAUUGGUGAGAUGGGCAAAGAUUACAUAUAUGCUGUCGCUCCCUUGCUUGAAGAUGCUCUGAUGGACUGGGAUCUGGUUCACAGGCAGACUGCUGCGUCCGCUGUUAAACAUAUGGCUCUAGGAGUUGUAGGCUUGGGUUGUGAGGAUGCUCUUGUCCAUUUGCUCAACUUUGUCUGGCCCAACAUAUUUGAGACAUCUCCCCAUCUCAUAAAUGCCGUCAUGGAAGCUAUCGAGGGGAUGCGAGUUGCUGUAGGAAAGUCUAGAGCUCUCGUGCCGGACCUGGCGCGGACGGACCGGCGGGAGGGAGAGGCCCCGCGCUUCCAGAUUUAUACGUUUGUUCCUAAUGGAGAGUUAAGACAGCAAGCAGAGAUCGAUGCUCACAUUGGCGGGGUCAAUGACAUUGCAUUCUCUCACACCAACAAGUCCCUAUCAAUUAUUACAUGUGGCGAUGACAAACUCAUUAAGUCUUAA